CGUUCAAUCUCUCUCUUAUCAAUCAUGUCUGGUCGUGGCAAAGGAGGCAAAGUAAAGGGAAAGUCAAAGACCCGUUCCAGCCGUGCUGGACUCCAGUUCCCGGUAGGACGUAUCCAUCGUAUGUUGCGUAAGGGAAAUUACGCAGAACGUGUUGGUGCCGGUGCUCCAGUCUACCUCGCCGCUGUUAUGGAAUACUUGGCUGCUGAAGUCUUGGAGUUGGCUGGCAACGCCGCUCGUGACAACAAAAAGACUAGAAUCAUCCCACGUCAUCUUCAGCUGGCCAUCCGUAACGAUGAGGAAUUAAACAAACUUCUCUCUGGAGUCACCAUUGCUCAAGGAGGUGUCUUGCCCAACAUUCAGGCUGUUCUCUUACCUAAGAAGACUGAAAAAAGCAGCUCUUAAAUUAAAUUCUAUAAAUUCACAACAAACGGCCCUUUUCAGGGCCACCACAUUUUU